AUGGUCACUCUUUGGAGCGCCUUCACGGCGGAGCAGCGCCGCAACAUCGCCAUCUACGUCCUUGGUAUCAUGUGCUAUAAGUUCGCCCUUGAAUACUUCAACGGAUCCUUCAUCACUCAGGCGAACGAGCGUUUCGGUGCUCGCCGUUUCGAGAAGAUCGCCAUCCUGACCGGUACCAACUACGCCGCUCAGUGCAUAGGUUCCAUCAUCGUGGCUCCGUUGAUCAAGCGUUUCCCCACCCGUUCCGUCCUCGCCACUGCUGUACUCACCUUCGGUAUCAUCUCCUGUGUCCCCCUCAUCGCCGACGCCGCCACGGGUGGUGUGCUGAAGUACAAGACCGCCAACAACAAGACCAAGUAUGGCACCUGGUCUCCCAACGGUCUCUUCCCCAUCUACGUCGUUUCGGGUAUCUCGUACGGCACUGUCGAGCUGAUCCGCCGUGUUAUCCCGCGUGACAUUGUUGGAGGCGAUGUUGACAGGCUCCGAAAGAUGGACGCUUUCGUUCACGUCAUGUACGAGGUGGCCGGUACGACGGGCGCCUUCACCUCGACCUCGCUCAUCGGCUACUUUGGCUACAACUACUCGGCUUUCCUCUCGCCCGUGCUCUUCACCCUCGCUGCCUGCAUCUGGAUCUGGAUUUCGUCUCUCGGUGAGAGCCAGCGCUCCGCGGAGGAGUCGCGCCUUGCUCGCGUCGAGGUCGAGAACCGCGGUAUCUUUUUGUCAAUGGUCGAUGGUGUCCGCGCUUUCGGCAAGGCCUUCUGGUACGGUGGCUACCUCAUCUUCACCGAUCGUCGAUUUAUCUGGCUUGUUCCCGGAUACGCCUUCGCUCUCUACGGUCACCGAUACCUCGAGAACGGUCUCGCUCCCAUCUAUGCCAAGUCGAUUAUUGGUGUCUCUUCGUACUCGCAGAUCAUCGUCGGUGGAUCCAACUUUGGUGAGCUGCUCGGUGCUCUUUCGGUCAUGCUCUUCACCCAGGCUGUGCCCACUCCCAUGCCCUGGUUGCGCCUCGACGCUCUGCUGCUCAACCUCGUCUGGGUGAUGCCUUUCUUCCCUUACAAGCGUGGUGCGGUCUCGUCGGCUUGGAAGCUCGCUGCCGUGUUCACGCCUAUCUCGUUCGGUUGGGCUGCUGGUGAUGUGUCGCUCGCCGCUUACAUCCAGUCGACGCUUGCUAGGAUGGAGGCCAAGGACAAGGAUGUCUCGGCUCUGGGCGCUGUCAUGGCUUUCCUCUACGUCACCUACAUUGUCAUGUACUCGCUCAUCUCGACUUUCCUGGGAAGAUGGGUCGACAAGCGUCUGCGAGGUCUCUCGGGUGUUGCCGCUAUCAACCGUGCCCGCGACUGCCUCAAGUAUGUCGGUGGUGUCCACUUUACCAUCCUCUCGGUAAUCAUCAUCGCUGCUACCUUCAUCCCCAAAGGCUCGUUGUCGUUCAACCCCAAGGCGAUCGACACGAGCCUUCUCAAGUCGGACGAGGAGUCAGACGCUUCUUCGCAGGACGACAUCAAGGAGGCCAAGUACCAGGAGCGCGACUCUUUUGCUCCUCAGGACAUUCAGGGCGACGCUGUCGGCGCUCUGGCCCAGAACACUGCUGCUCGUGUCCCCACACACCACUAA